AUGGUUUCUUCGACAGUGUUGUGUCUAGUGUUGCUGCAGGCCGUUGGUGCUCUUGGGUUUCCGGCGACUCUGAAGCUGGAAAGAUCGUUUCCCACCAACCAUGGCGUUGAGUUGAAGCAACUCACGGAAAGAGAUGGUUUAAGACACCAUAGAAUACUACACAAGUAUGCUGAUCCAAAUGUGGUUGUUGGAUUUGAAGUAUAUGGAACCUAUGAUCCUUUUGAUGCUGGGAAGCGACUUGUUGUGGGUCGGUUGCAAACCCUGUCAAUCUUGCCCUACAUCAUCCACACUACAAAUAUCCUAUUACUAUCUAUGAUCCAGCAAACUCGUCAACAUCUUCUGAUAUCUUAUGCUAGGACGAAAGACGUUCUCCAAAAUCCAACUCAUGUUCAGAUAACCAAUGCACCUACGAUCUCCACUAAGGGCUGUAGCACAUCCGAAACAGGACAGAUAAGUCAAACGGAAAGAACACUUGAUGAGAUUAUGGGAUUGGGCAGACAAAUUAUAUCCGUCAUUUCCCAAAUUUCAUCACAAGGGAUUGCACCAAAUUCCUUUGGACAUUGUCUAGCUGGUGGUGAUGGAGGUGGGAUUUUGGCCUUUGGCACACCAGUCAUGCCCGAUCUAGUCUUCACUCCACUUGUGAAGUCAAUGUAA